CCUCUCUCCCUCCCUCCUUCCCUCAGCCGGCGAGGCAGCAAUUACGCUUUGGGGAUAAAACGAGGCGCGGAACUCGGGCUGGGGCAUUUCUCCCCGAGAUGGCGGGUCUGACAGCGGCAGCCCUGCGGCCCGGAGUCCUCCUGCUCCUGCUGUCCGUCGUCCACCCCUCGCAGCCUGGAGGGGUCCCAGGGGCUGUUCCUGGUGCCGUUCCAGGAGGAGUCUAUUACCCAGGGGCUGGGCUCGGAGGCCUGGGAGUAGGAGCACUGGGGCCUGGAGUCAAACCUCCCAAGCCAGGUGUCGGAGGGCUCGCAGGCGUUGGCCCUGGGGCAGGGCUUGGGGCCUUUCCUGCAGGCAUCUACCCAGGGGCUCCGGUGCCCGGCGGAGUGGCUGGUGCUGCUGCAGCCUAUAAAGCCGCCAAGGCUGGUGCGGUGGUGCCUCAGCCUGGAGUAGGAGUCGGAGUCGGAGCCGGAGCUGUAGGGAAGCCUGGGAAAGUGCCCGGUGUGGGGCUACCAGGUGUAUACCCAGGUGGAGUGCUCCCAGGCGCAGGAGCUCGGUUCCCGGGUGUAGGGGUGCUCCCUGGGGUUCCCACUGGAGCAGGAGUCAAGGCCAAGGCCCCAGGUGCAGCAGGAGCUUUUGCUGGAAUCCCAGGAGUUGGUCCCUUUGGGGUUCAGCAGCCUGGAGUCCCUCUGGGGUACCCCAUCAAGGCACCCAAGCUGCCAGGUGGCUAUGGACUGCCCUACACCACUGGGAAGCUGCCCUAUGGCUAUGGGCCCGGAGGAGUGGCUGGUGCAGCAGGCAAGGCCGGGUACCCAACGGGGACAGGGGUUGGCACAGCUGCAGCAGCAGCCGCGGCAGCUAAAGCAGCAAAGUUUGGUGUUGGAGGAGCCGGAGUUCUCCCUGGCGUUGGUGUUGGAGCUGGCGGCAUUCCCGGUGCAAUUCCCGGGAUUGGAGGCAUCGCAGGGGUCGGGGCUCCAGCUGCUGCUGCAAAGGCGGCCGCUAAGGCGGCCAAAUAUGGAGCUGCUGCAGGCCUGGUGCCUGGGGCACCAGGCUUUGGCCCAGGAGUUGGAGUCCCUGGUGUUGGGGUCCCUGGUGUUGGGGUCCCUGGUGUUGGGGUCCCAGGUGUUGGGGUCCCAGGUGUUGGAGUCCCAGGUGUUGGAGUCCCAGGUGUUGGAGUCCCAGGGGCUGUGUCACCAGCUGCAGCUGCUAAAGCAGCUGCCAAAGCAGCCAAAUUUGGGGUCACAGCCGGAGUGGGAGUUGGAGGCAUUCCCACUUACGGGGUCGGUGCUGGGGGCUUUCCCGGCUUCGGUGUCGCUGCAGCCCAGGCAGCAGCCGCCGCCAAGGCAGCCAAGUACGGUCCUGCAGGAGCAGGAGCCCUGGGAGGGCUGGUGCCGGGUGCCGGAGUCCCAGUACCAGGGGUGCCGGGCACUGUGGGGGUGCCAGGAGUCGGGGUCCCAGCAGCUGCCGCCGCCAAAGCCGCCGCCAAGGCCGCUCAGUUUGGGUUAGGGCCCGGUGUUGGUGUGGCUCCCGGCAUUGGCCUCGGCCCUGGCGGUGUCACAGGAGCAGGGGCCCCCGCUGCAGCCAAAACUGCUGCUGAGGCGGCCCUAAAGCCCAGUCCUGGGUUGCAGCCGGGCUUCCUGCUGGCGUUCCCGGACUUGGAGUCGGUGUUCCUGGCUUCGGGGCAGGUGCGGUACCUGGACCCCUGGCUGCAGCUAAAGCAGCCAAAUAUGGGUGGGCAGGGAGCAGCAGGGCCCGGGGUCCUUGGAGAUGCCGGGGCUCUUGGCGGAGUAGGGGUCCCUGGCGGUGUGGCAGGAGCCGGACCUGCUGCCUUGGCUGCUGCUGCCAAAGCUGCUGCCAAAUUGGUACCCAAGCCCAGAAAGCCUCAAGCUGGGUUCGGUCACACCAUCUCUUGGCCCCCUUUGUUCCCUCUCCCCCACCAACUGCUCUUCCCCAUGUCUGGGGUACCUUCGUGGCAGAAGACCCCCAUCGGGAAUAGUCCCUGCUCUUGUGGAACCCAUCCGCCCAUCAGUCCAUCCGUCCAUCCAUCCUUGUCCCCAGUUGACCGCCUGGCACCACUAGCUGGCCAGGCGCCCCCACCAUCAACCUGGUUGACCUGUCAUGGCAGCCUGUGCCCUGCCUGCCCACCACACACACGCCUAAGAAGGGGCCCUGAGCCCAGGGUGUGAGGGGCUAGGGUGGCAGGAAUCUCCUCCCCCAACCUGGGUCUCCCCCCACGCAGUACUGUAUCCCCAGUCCCUCCCUCGAGCCACUGUACUUCAGAGCAUUUACCCCCUGCCCUGCCCUGCCCAUCUCUUUGUGUCUCGCUGUGAUAGAUCAAUAAAUAUUUUAUUUUUUGUCCUGGA